ACAUUCUGCUGGAACGAUGCAAGGAUGCGCUGGCUGCUGUUUCUGAUGCUCGCGAGAACAACCCAAGCAUUCGCUCCUGCCCUACGAUCAAUUCCCAUCCAUCUUGUUGCUAGCAAGUCAUCGGUGACCCUUCGAAGUGCCUUCAGAACCCGAGCGCUCUCCAUGGCUGCCCCAGGACAAGACCUCUCCGAGCUCUUUGAUGUCUACAAACCGCCGUCGUCGAUCCCCGGCUUCCGAGGAGAACCGGAGAGGGCGGGGAUCAGCAGGCAACGGAAGUUGGUGCACACGCAAGGAGACUGGCAUCGGGCUAUCCACAUCUGGUUGUAUGAUGGGCAGGGGAACCUGAUCAUCCAGCAGAGGUCGGAAGGAAAAGAUACUUUCCCCGGGAAGUGGGACGUGAGCAUAGCUGGACACGUGUCUAGCGGGGACUCGGUGAUCGAGACUGCGAUGAAAGAAUCCAAGGAAGAGCUCGGGCUGGACAUCAAGAAAGAAGAGCUGGAGUACCUUGGAACCAUCGCCACCUCCAUGGCAGGGUCCUCCCCCAUCACCGGCGACUUCCUGUGCAAUGAGUACAAGGACAUCUUCCUCCUCAAGUACGAGGGCCAUCUGGACGACCUCAAGUUCGCGCCUGAGGAGGUGCAAGCGGUGUCGCGGGUGGAUUGGAGGAGCUUGCGGCAGCAGCUCGAGGAGCAGAUCGGCCCCGACGGUCAGAGUAUAGACGGGCGCUACAUCCCUCGGCCACGUCACUACAUGGACCUCUUGUUUGGAGCUCUCGAGGAGAGGAUAGGGAAGUAAGCGAGUGAGAGGGCGAUGAAGUAAACUCUUGCUUUCUCUUUA